AGAACUUAACAUAAUGGCUUAUUUUACAUUUAUCGCUUCAUUUGUAAAAUACAAACCUUUCUUAUUUUUCAGUGGAACUCUCAGACAUUUAUGCAUUACAAAGUCAGUUGCUGAUCAUCUGGGUUGUGAUCCUCAAACUCGAUUCUUUGUUCCUCCUAAUAUUAAACAGUGGAUUGCCUUGCUGCAGAGAGGAAAUUGCACGUUUAAAGAGAAAAUAUCACGGGCUGCUUUCCACAAUGCAGUUGCAGUAGUCAUCUACAAUAAUAAAUCUAAAGAGGAGCCAGUCACAAUGACUCAUCCAGGCACUGGAGAUAUUAUUGCUGUCAUGAUAACAGAAUUGAGGGGUAAGGAUAUUUUGAGUUAUCUGGAGAAAAACAUCUCUGUACAGAUGACAAUAGCUGUUGGGACUCGAAUACCGCCAAAGAGCUUCAGCCGUAGUUCUCUAAUCUUCGUGUCAAUAUCCUUUAUUGUUUUGAUGAUUAUUUCUUCAGCAUGGCUCAUUUUCUACUUCAUUCAGAAGAUCAGGUACACAAAUGCACGUGACAGGAACCAGCGUCGUCUUGGAGAUGCAGCCAAGAGAGCCAUCAGUAAAUUGACAACCAGAACAGUAAAAAAGGGUGAUAAGGAAACAGACCCAGACUUUGAUCAUUGUGCAGUCUGCAUAGAGAGCUAUAAACAGAAUGAUGUUGUUCGGAUUCUUCCCUGCAAGCAUGUUUUCCACAAAUCUUGUGUGGAUCCCUGGCUUAGUGAACAUUGUACCUGUCCAAUGUGCAAACUUAAUAUUUUGAAGGCCCUGGGAAUUGUGCCAAAUCUUCCGUGUACUGAUAAUGUAGCAUUUGAUAUGGAAAGGCUCACCAGAACCCAGGCAGUUAACCGAAGAUCAGCCCUAGGUGACCUUGCCAGUGACAACGCCCUCGGCCUUGAGCCACUGCGAACUUCGGGGAUCUCACCUCUUCCUCAGGAUGGGGAGCUCACUCCCAGAGCGGGAGAAAUCAACAUUGCAGUAACAAGUGGCCACUUCUUUCACCGAAACUCCUUGUCACCUCGGAGCCUGGUGUAUGAAAGUGAAUUCUCUACAAUCGAACCUUCUUUGGACAUGUAUGAUGAGAACAAAACCUGAUUUUUUACAAUGGGCUAUGGGGGUCACUUCGUUUGUGAUUUGAUUUAUGAUCACCUUUCUUAUUUCGUAUUCUUCUGUCAGCAUCCGUUUUGGAGGAAUGGCAGUGCUUCCAAGCGCGGGCUGGGGUUCGGGGUUUCAUUGCAAAGUCCCCUGAGGCGAAGCUCUGAGGACAGUACGUUGGCCUAGGGAGCCUCAUGGUACCGAACACCUGCCAAGCUGCCGUGAGCAAGGGCUCCCAGCACCCAGGCUGUUCCCAGGGACGAAGGGGGGCCAGGAGUUGGUGCUGCACCACAAGCACAUCCCUCAAUAAUCACGUGCUAUUCUGUUAGGGUGGCAUGGGGCUUUUAAAAAUACUUUUUGUGACCCUCUCUCACAACGCAUCCCAGAGCCUGCGGUGAAGCGCCCUGCCCUCGCACGGUGUGAGUCGCAGCUCUCUGAUGUGCUCCUUUGUCCUCCGUCUCGUGCGUCCUUCUUCCCGCGAGGGCCUCUGCACAGGAAGGUAAGCGAGAGCCUCGCCUCUUGCACCUCCUCGAGACUCCGACCACUCUUUCCCCUGAGCUCUGCCCCAGAGGACAGAGGUCAGGACCAGGCUGUGUGCUUAAUGGGCAGUGUCCACCCUGGGAUUUGGCAGUGUCUGUGUCCAGCCUGACGUGAGGUGACAAGUGUUUUGUGGCCACUAAACCCCCGAGGGCCGUCCCCACGGCCUGCAGGCUGGUCCGCUGGGUGUGUAUGGGGAGUGGCACUGGGGAGCCCAGCCCCCUGUCCCUCUGGGCACAGUGGGCACAGGUCACUGCCAGCAGAUACCAACACUGGAACGGUCUGCAACGACUGAGAAGAUCUGACCAGGUUCCUGCUGCCAGGUCUCGUACCAGGACCCCUCUUCUGUCUUCAUUGGCCCAACGUCAUCCCUGCCCCGGCCUCAGCACCAGUGUGAGAAGAUGUUGGAGCCUGGCCUCCAGGCUUACAGAAAACCGAGAGGACCCUGAGGACAGGUGCUCUGCCCACACGUUUAGGAUAGCAUGGAGUUUACAUGAUGAGAAACUUGUAUUCUGUGAAUAACGGGCCCAAGAGGAGCAAACUUGCCAAGUUCGUCUCCACACCCUUUGCUGUGGUCCAACCUUCUGAGCAGUGGGAGCUGUGUGGGGUCUGAAGGCCUUCAGCGCCUUGCUGUGAACAUGGCCCUUCAGUCUCCAGGCGCACUAGAUGUGGCACACAGAUCCCCUGCCCUGUUAUUUUCACUGGCUCUGUAGGAUUAAGUCCGAAAUGAACAUGUGCCAUGUCUCUACUUAUGGCAUCUUUUCUUGUAAUGUGUUGCUAAGAUGCCUCCAACGCAGAUGUGUCCCAAACAAAAACAAAUCAGAAAGCCGGGGUGGUGACAGCCUUUAGGGACAGGACAGCCUUGUGACCAGCAGCAUUUUGUCCUAAUAACUGAAGGCUGAAACAGGCACAUCUUUGAGGUUUUAACUGCUUUUGCUUUCUACUCUCUACCAAGGGCUUUUGUUUAUUCAUUUUCCUUUUUAUAGUCUUUGUAAUGUAAAAAAUAUUUUUGAUAAGCAGUUUCAGUGUCACCAUGGUUCAGAAAGCUGAUGGUUUGCCCCACUGGGUUCUCAGUAAGAAAAUGAAUUUUAAGGAGAUCGGAACUCACUCUGCCAGGCUGUCGCCACACGCUUGUGCUUGUGUUUGCGCUGGCUCACCAGGCAGAUGUGAUAACCGGGUUCAGAUUAUUGCGGAGCUGUCUGUACCUGACCUUGUUUUCCCUGAAACAAAACUCAUAUCCCUUCUGAUUUGUGUGUUCGUAUGACGGCAUGCACAUUAAAUGUCACCGAGACCAUUCUUUACUGAAAAAGAAUGAAAUUGCUUAAGAAGAAAUAUUUUUAAAUUGAAUCCUUAAAAUCUACUGAUACAAUACUGAGUCUGGCAAAUCUGGGGCAGUGUCACCGUAGAGCAAGUGCCAAGGCAGUACUGCUCCUGAGAGGAUUUACAGGCGAGCGCUUCAGAUCCCAGCUUGGCCCCUUUUCCUGAAGAUCUGGGCCACCUUCCCACUCAGGACAGAAUGUCCUGUCUCUGUGGAGAAGGACACAAGCCUUGGAAUAGAGAGGGAGUUCUUAUCCCAGACAGCAGCCUCCCUGCCAGCAGCUGUGCUGCAGGAAAUUCCUGCUGAGCCCCAGCGACCCAUCUGGGGGCCAAGACUGCAGCGCUGCCUGCCGCGUCAGCCUGGGAGGGUGCCCCAGCCAGCGGGCACCCUGUGCGAGCAGUUGGCCACCUGACCAUGGCAGGCACAGCUGGGCUGCAGGGAGCCGCUCUUUGUGAAGGGGAGUAUUUCAGUUCCUCUGAGGCUUGGCACCGGCAGUGUUACUGGGAAGUACAGUUGUACAGUAACCCUCACCAUUUCCAGGAGGGACUCUGUGAGGACGGGAAAGGCUACAGGGUAAGCUCUUCCCACUGCAGACCCUGUCCUCUGAUGGGCUGCUUGGACCUGGGCCUGCCUCCAGCCUCUUCUGCCUACCACCUCCGCCCUGCUCUCGGGUUCAGUGGGGUUUAGAACUGAGCUGUAUGCUGCAUGACUUCUGGGAUCAGGGUCAGAGUGACAGGACCUCAGCCAUCUCACAGGAGGACACUCGUAGCCCUCCAUCCCUGUCAUCCUGGAGCGAGGGGCGGUCACAGUGUGUGGCGGUGGUGAGCGUGUCCAGCCGGCCCUGCCUCUGCCCCGCUGCCAGCCAGGCCCCAGCUCCAGCUGCUCUGUUUGACCUUAUCGUCCAGCUCCUCUCAUAGUCCUCGGCCUGGCCUGGAGGAAAAUCCCUGAAGUAAUGUCCUGGAUCCAGUCUGGCCCCAUGGCCGAGACCGCACUUCCUGGCUAACCAGAAGAUUCUGUCAGAGAACUAUUAAACAAAACAAGGUUGCUGAAUUUCACUAAUUUGACACAUCCUGAGAGUUUCAUAAACCUUUCUCAUGUUUUUAUUGCUUCUCACAUCCAGUGCGUUCAUUGGUCUACAUCCUUCAAUGACACUGGUUUUAAUUGAAGAAAAAGCAAUGCAUUCUCUCGCUGUUACCCUUUACUGUUGGGGCUUGGGCAGUGAUUCUGCUACCGAAGAGCAAGGAGCUGAUGUGUAUGUCGAGAGUCACUUCGACAAUAGGUUGCUGCUCACAAUUGUCAUGGGACAGACCUGCUGAAUUUCAGGACGUAGCUUUUAGAAGGAAAAUAGUAGAAUAGUACAGCUAGAUUUCCCCGUAGACCUCGUUAAGUUUUCUCACUACAAGACCAGUGCUUCUGUGUAGUGCAUGUGAGGCUGGUGACAGUGGCGGUCCUGGCCUGCAGAUGUGGCUCAGGGGUAGGAGUGCCUGCUGAGUGCGGAAGAGGCCUGGGUUCCACCCCCAGUGCAUGCACACACGUGUGCACGUUUUGGCUGGUCUAAAGGAACGGCAGAUCGACAGCCAACUGGGAAGUUGGAUCCAAUGAAGUAAGGCUGAGUCUGGAGGGGAGGGGGAGGGGUUUCCAAGGCACAGGCUCGGGGGACAGCACUGCAACCCCAGGUGAGGCCCAGAAGAAGGGCCAAACAGAGCCGGCCAAGGCUGGGGCUCACAAAUUGGCCAGGGGACUGGGGUUGCACUUCUGGGACAGGCAAGGCUGUGCUUGUGGGCAGAAAGGGCAGGUGGGCACUGCUGGGGCCUGCGCAGGGUCCGUGCCAGAAGAGGCCUUUCACAGCUGACCCCAGGUCUGCUGACAGAAAGUACAAACGAAAGGAAGGAGCCAGGGAACAGACGCAGAGGCCUAGGUCCCGAGUCUUGGUGACCGAAUGGGAACUAGUGGGCCCAGGGAGAGCCCUGUGGGGACACAACGUCUGCGGCUGGAGGGAGGCAUGGAGAUGCAGCACUGGUCUCGGGCAGAGAACUCCUGGGAGGCCGUGUGUUAGGUGUGCAUCCAGCAGCCCUACCAGAGGGGCCUCUGCAGUCAGGCCUUCUCGGGUCCCCACCUUGCCCUCCGCUGCCCCGUGCUGAGGCACACACUCAGAGGACAUGCCAAAGCCUUGCUGAACGUGUUCGCUCAGUUCAGAUGUUGGUGGCAGCCAGAGUGAGGUAGAACUGCCCAUGACGUGAGAACCAGGUUCGGGACGGAGCUGCUGACAGGUAAGAGGGACAGCGGGAGCUGCUGCAGGCACCCAGCUUGGGUACAGCUCACUGUGCGUGCGAACAGACUGACGGCUCUCUCCAGGGCCCACCGUCGCCCACACUGGAGUGUAGUGUGGCUCUACCUCCGCCCCGCUGCGAGGGGAUGAGAGGGCAAGGUAGGUGCCGCAGGGGUGGCUUCUGCCUCUGCUCCCCAGACCUUGGCAAGGGCAGCUGUCCAGAUGAGGGUGUGGAUUGGGCUUUUGUUUUGGAUUUAUGGGUAGAUCGUUCCAGAGGCUAUCUUAGCCCAUCAGGAAGAAGAUAAGCACAUAAAGUCUUCGAAUGGCUAAGACCCUUGCCAAGGGACUGGGAAAACUGGAUUCUGAGUAUGGUAAUAUUCGAGAAGACAGGGAGAAGUGGGCAGGGUUAAGAUGGCUCUGUGUGCUGUGUGGAUUCCUGUUUCACAAGAAAAGAAAAGCAUGCCGGUGAGUCCCAGCGGUGGUGUGGGGAGGUCUCUCCCAGAUACACAUGGCCCUGACUGGCUGGCUCGCUGCUUGUCUGGAACGCCAGGUCUGCAGGUCACACCCACCUGGUGGUGAGGGGGUGAGGAGGACAGGCUCGCCGUAGAAUCCCUGAAGGGCAGAGGGUGCAGGCCUCCUGGAUGAACCCAGGAGACCAAACUUUGAGGAGAAACCAGGUGGGCCUCCAGCAGGCACAGGAUGAAAGCAGUCGCCUGCAUUUUCCAGAGCGUGACCCACCAGCCUGCAGUGCACAGCGGGAGGGAGCCAUCAGUCUUCACUGCUAAACACCUACAUCUGUGCCUCCGAGAUGUGGCUCUGGCAUACCAAGAGGCGUGAGGCCACCCAGUCUGUCCCAUGGGCUUUCCCUCCAGUUCGCUCUAGGCUGUGUUCCCUUUCUGUGACUCGGGGAAGAAGGAAGAGAUGCUGACAGGAUAGAAAAGCCUUUGAAAUUCAUGCACCUUGAGUGUUAAGAAGGGUUCAGUGCCGCGAAGUCACUCAGCUGUGGGCUCUUCCUGUUGGCUCCUCCACAUACCCCAUAAAACGCUAGGCUUGAGGUGGCAUGGACCCCAGUGACAGCCUACAGGAAUGAUUUUCUCACAUCAGCAGGCACUGAGAAGGUGUCACUCUGGCCCAGAGCCCAGGGUGGAGGCUGGCUCAGCAGAGACACCUUUGUAAACCACACACGUCCUGCUGAGGAAAGCCAUGGGUGGAGGCCAUCAUCAGCACCUCUCUGCUGCAGUGGACCCCCCACCCCUGGGGGCACAGCUUCCCGGGUCCCCACACCUCUUAACGCUGGGCUGACCCAGCUUGUGUCUCACCUGUACUCAUGGCUGCACUUGUCAGGCAGCCACGUGUGCAGGAAAGGACAUUGGUCACCCAGCAAGCUGGCCUGAUUCAUCUGCCCCUCCUCUUGGUAGGUCUUUGCCUUUUCUACCCACCUCUCUUUAUAGCUACUGGCAACUGUUGAGAGGUACAGAAGAUUGCUCUGAGCUACUUUUCACAAAUGUAAUCCAACAUAACAUGGGUUCUUUCUCUUUCUUUUGAGAUUACCCUUUCUCCACAGUUAAGACCAAGUGUUACACUGUGUGGUAGAAAAGGACUUCCUCCUGACAGAGAGAGUGAGCCAAGAUAUCCGUUUAAAACAGAGGGACGACAUGGAGAGUAUGACAUCCCAAGCUGUUCUUUUCCUUCAAGUGAGCAAACUCCCCCUGUAGGAGGAAGGCCACUGACUGAUGCCCGUGUUCCGUGGGCCUGGUCACCAGUGUGGCCUGGUCCCGGGUCCCUGCACCCUCGUGCUGAGAUGGUCCAUGCCCCCCUGGAGAGGCACACAGGAGAGGCCAUCUCCUUUCACCACACUGGCAGCCCAGGCCUGGCUUGCUGACCGAGCUGGACAGGGGCUCCCUUGGCUGGUUCUCAGGCCAAAAUCUGUUAUUUUGAGCCAAAAAUGGGAAACAGGAUGGACUCUAGAGUGGCGAUUUCUCUGUCUGAGAAAACCAGAUCGGUGUGCUUAGAAAGGCAGGAAAGGCUUUAAGCUAGGAGGUAAUGAUGGCGUGUGGAGAACACCGUCCUCUAACGGAAAUGCCCUACUGCUGUAUGAGAGAAGGGACGGUUCGGUCCGUGGCUACCCUCACUAGCUUUUAUACCUGUAGAAAAUUUAGUUAUCCCUUUCAUAUUUGGGUCAAAGAGCCCCUCAUUCUGGGUUCCUGCUAACUAUGCACAACAUUUCAGAGGAUAGCGUACAAAACUAUUUUUCUAACUAUAGCACAGGUACUUUGGGGUGGGGGAAGUUUGAGAUAUACCAAAAUGUGGCACAUGAUUUACCUCCCUCCUUGAAGGAUGAAAGGGAAACUAUGCACUUGAAUUUUAAUUCGCCAUUGGAUAGCUUGUUGCCAGAAAGAACAUACAUCAAAUAUUCAAGAAGCAAAUAUAAUCAUCAGCUUUAUUUGAGGCUCACUGUAGGAGGACUUGUUUGAAACACAAACACCUGCCAGUACAACGUGAGCUGAUGUCUUGACACUCAGAACUUCUCAACCCUUGAACUGUUCUGGGCAGCACAAUCCCUAGGUCCACACGGUUGAUGUAAGUAUAAUUAGUGAAAUUGUAUGGUAUAUACCUAUAUGUCAGUAGUGUAUCCCUGUAUGUGCAGAAUUUGCUAAUAUAACCGUUUCAAUAAAAACCUCUU